UUCUGAAAGUGAGGUUAGGAGGCUUCCAUCUAACAAAUCAAGGAAAACAGAUGUUUAUCGCCGCAAAUUUUGUUGCAGCAAUGAGGAAAAAUAUUGUUAGCUGUGACUGAUGAUUUCUGAAUUAAACCAAUAGAAUGGCUACUCAGAGUGUCUGUUCCUGCUUUGGUAAUUUGAGGCCGAGAUAUAAAAGGCUUGUCGACAAAAUAUAUCCGUCAGACCCACAAAUGGGCCUAGUCAACUCGAACAUGGCGAAGCUAACAUUUUACACACUUUCAGCUCCAGAGAAGCUUGACAGAAUCGGCGAUUACAUUUACUCAAAGCUAAAUAAUUAUCUCUAUCGCAGGAAGACAUCGUUUGUUCUAAUUUCAAUACAAGCAAUGGAUCAUUUGCUUUUGGCAUGCAGAUCUUCAAGUCUUAACAUGUUUGUUGAAAGUUUUCUUAGGAUGGUCAACACUUUGCUAGAAUCUUCACAGCCAGACCUUCAAAUUGCAGCAACAUCAUCAUUCACAAAGUUUGCAAACAUUGAAGAGGACACUCCAUCAUACCACAGACGCUAUGACUUUUUUGUUUCAAAAUUCAGUGAAAUGUGCUGGAGCAGUCAUCAAAAUGAGGCAAUCAGAAAAAGUUUAAAAGCAUCAGGUAUCAAAGGAUUACAGGGCGUUGUUCGCAAAACUGUGAAGGAUGAGCUCCAGGUAAAUAUAUGGGAUGAUAUUCACAUGUGUAAGAUUAUACCAUCACUGAUGUACAAUAUUGAUGUCAAAGCUGGUCGGCAGAGAAAGCUGACCGGCAGUGUGGAGGCAUUGUCGAACUCGAGAGAUGAAUGUCAGCACGACCCAGAAUACUUGGCAGAAUCGUGUUUGAGGGAAAUUUUCAGCCGGGCAACAUUCGGAAACAUCACUGCUGCGCUGAAGCCAAUGUUUGAGUACCUGGAUACAAGAGAAAUGUGGAUUCCAAAUGACUUUGCAUCGCAUUGCUUUGUUCUUGUAAUGUACUCAAUUCAGAAUCAAUAUUCGUAUAAAGUUAUAGAAAGCUUGCUGCAUCAUCUCGACGACAAAUCGGAGUGGGAUCCCAACAUGAAAGCCAGCAUAAUUGAAGUAUUGUCAGCUGUUGUUAGCGUCCCUAGUGGUGGUUCUAUUGGACCCUCUGUUCUUGAAGUUUUCAAUACGUUGCUGAAACAUUUGGAAAUUUCAGUGGAUCAUGAACUCGAUUCAAAUAGCCAACGAAAGGAUGGGAGAGAACAGUUGAUCAAAGCUGCUAUUAUCAGGACUGCAGGGGAUUUUUCACAUGCCCUUCCUGGGUACCAACGCGUCGAGGUGAUGACAUUCAUAGCUGCAAAAAUACCAGGUCUAAAUGCACCAGAGUCAACAAGAAAGAGUUUGUGCAUUGGAUCAAACGAAGACCUGAUGCUCAAUAAAACAGAUGAAAGCAUUUCUGUUCAUCAGACACAAAUGUUCAGAGUUCUUCUCGCGGUGGCAGAGAAGCACAUCAACAUGCCGUUCCAGUCCACACUUCCAGCUAGCUUUCUGGAUUUUCUUCUAAGAGGUUUCGUGCAAGCAGAUCAAGAUGUUCGACUUUUUGCUCUUAAAGUAUUUGCCAACCUUCUUGACCGUCAGAACAAUUCCCAAAAAAUUGACAAAUUAAUCGACAAGGUUGCUGAUGCUGAAACAGAACUGGAAUUUUCAAUCGAAAGAUGCACAAAGAAAGACUCUGUUUUCAUUCGCAAGAACUCACAACAGACCUACUUCUACUUGUACCAAACAGCCAAAGCGAUCUCUAACACAUAUGUCAAUUACCGUGUUAUAUCGAAAAUUAUAUGUUUAUUGGCUCUGGAGUUUGGGGAAGCCGAAGUUAUUGUCGAACUGGCUGGAUUCGUCUUUGGAUUACAAGAUUUAGCUAAAAAGGAAGACACUAAUCAGACGAUGGGACAAAAAAUCUGCAUCCACUCUACUGUUUCCAUGGCACUUAGAGUAAUCUGCGAUCUUACUGCAAUUGGUGAUUUGAGACAGCAUUUCUUGCAGGUUAUGGCUCGAAGGAAAGAACACUAUCCAUUCUUGUUACCAAGCAACGCUCUAAGUGUUGAACUUAGCCUCGAUUCUACGCACAAACUAUCUGACUUUGCGUAUUUUGACCGCCAUCUUGUUAUCAACACACUGAAGAUGAGUGGCUACGAUACAAGUCCUAUCGAUAUACCGUAUAACCCAUCGCCUAUACCAGCUCGCACAUCAUCUGUGGCUUCGCUUGCUGAUACUCUCCCAAUGCUGCGACACGAAUCAUCUGGAAGUUUCCCUUCUAUUCCUGCAAAGAUUGAGACUAAAAAGAUUACAUAUGAGGAUCUGAAAAACACUUUAAGACGCGACGAAAACAAAAAGCCUCCGACAACAUUGAAUUUCAAUAAAGCCACCUUCGAAGAGAUUGCAACUCAUUCAGACAGAAUUCAUAGCGACAGUCAAACAAAAAUUGCAAGAGUUUUGGAAACAGUGUGCAGGAACACUGGACCAAGGAAACCUGAUCUUGGAAAUGACUUGUUUACAAUAAAAUUACCGAGCCUGUACAUUUAUUAGUCUAUUUGGUAGAAAACUUAGUUUUUAGCUUAUGUAUAAAGACUGGUGAAAAGUUUGUGACAGUAUUCAAUAUAGUAUUAUGUUUUGGUUUGCUGUCAUAAAUGUUGGACCGUAUAGAAAUAGAGAAACAAAUUUUAAUUUAAUGCUUUAUAUCAUGUAAUUGAUUUUAAUUUAAAUAGUCGACUAUGAAUUGCAG